AGCAUGCCAGUUGUCAGUGGAAAAUUAUGUCAGCAUUUGCAAAUCACCCGAAAAUUUUCUAAAAUCCUCUUUUUUUGUGAAAAUAUUGGCAAAAAUGAGUGAAAAAUUAGUGUAAAUCAUUGCCCAAAACUCCGUGGAUGUGAUAGUGUUGGAGAAAAAUCGCAGGAACUGGUAUUUUUUGUGAAAAAACGUGUUCAAGUGGAAGUCCUCCCAAAGGGGGGCCUUUUAUCGCUUAACACCUCAUUUUUAUCGCAAAUGUUUACGUAUUCACAUGAAAAUUGGUGCAAUUGCGAAGUACAGAGUGGGUGGGAAUAAAAUUUCAUUGUGAAUUGGCCGGUGUGGAAUUUAGAAGGAAAUGAGGCAGUGAUAUAAGAGCACAAACCGAAUUUCUUUUGAGUGAGGGGUGAUAAUUUGUGAGGAAAGUGGAGGAUUUCUUGGACAGGAUGUUUGCUUCGUUGAAGAAUAAGAUCAAGGAGGAGACGGGCAGUGAUGUCCCAACACUGCCACGUUCUUCUGGGAGACGGUAUCACCGUGGGAGGCUGGAUUCAUUCAACAGCAUGACUUCCAUUGAUGAUUUGUCGGUGAUUGAACAGAAGGAUGCUGAGAUUGCUGCCCUGAGACUACAGUGCAAUGACAUCGAAGCAAAGUGCGAUGAAUUAUCGAAGAAGCUGGAGACAGCGACUGAGGAGAAAGAUCGCCUGGAGAAAGCCAAUGCCCUUCUGGAGGAAUCUGUGAGAGUGAGUCAAGUGCAAAAGGAUCUAAUAUGUGAGGAGCAGGACAAAAUUCAAAAUCUCCAGCUAGAAGAGAUCUCCAAAUUGAAGAAUUUGGUGAUGUUUCGCGAUCAGGAAGCUGUGGACAGACUUCAGGCUCUCAAGCAGACGCAACAGCAACUCGAUCAGUGUCGCAGUGAAUUGGCUCGUCUUCAGGAACUCGAACCCAUGCUGGAGGAUGCCAAGGACGAAGUUGAACGUUUGAGACAUUCCACACAGCUUGAGAAAAAUAAUUUAACUACAACAUUGGCGGCAGUUGAGGAGGAAAAUCGUCAUUUGAAGAGUCGUAUUGAGAUCUAUGAGGAAUCAAGGUCUAUUCUAACGACGUCGGCUGACGAGAAGGUAAAAUCCCUGCUGCAGGAGAGAAAAAUGCUUGAACAGCGUCUCGAGGAGGCUCAUCUGCAUCUGUCGGACAUUAAGAGUUCAUGGAGUGGGCAAAAUCUGGCCCUGGAGACGCAAGUUAGUCGUUUGUCACGUCAAGUGGCGGAGGAGACCACGGAGAAGAGGAAGGCAUUGCAGGAUCGAGAUGAUUUCCACGAGACAAUCAAAAGGUUGGAGUUUGAAGUGGAAAAAUGCCAAGAAGAAAUACGGCAGAGAGACAAUAAAAUAAAACUUCUCAGCGAAGAAGUUGAUGACUUGAGCUCCACUCUGAGGGAGACUCGCCUCGAGAAUGAGGAAGAUGUGGCUUUUUUGCGAAGCAAAGCCGAAAAAUGCGCAGAGGAGAGUGAGGAGUUGAAGAGGCGUCUCAACGACACGGAAGUGCUUCUCUCUGAGCAGGGAGAGGCUCAUGGGCGAGUUGAGGCACAAUUGAGGGAUGAAAUAGGUGGAUUGAAUGAGAAGAUCAGGGAUUUAUCGACAAAAUUGGAACAUGAGAGAGCUGAAAAGGCAAAUAUUGUGCUGAAAAAUGCAGAGAUAUCGCAGAGUGAGGAGAUUCUGAAGCAGAGUCUGCGUGAGGAACAGGAUGAAAUUUCUGAGUUGACAGAGAAGAUGACGAAGUUGAAGACGGAACUCAAGGAGAGGGAUGCCCGGGAAUUGAGCCUGGAGCAACAAAUUCAGCAAUUACAGUCUAUUCUCGAUGGGGAAACGGAUAAACUGGCAAGAAUUGAUCAAUUAAGUACGGAGCUCAGUGAGAAGAAUAAGGUUAUAAAACAACUCAAUCAGAGGCUGGGUGACAUGAAGAAGACCCUUCAGCAGGAGAUAAAGAGUAAUAAUAAUGUUUCAGCUACAACAUCCAAUCACAUCCACCAGACACAAGCACUUCCGGUGAUUGCAGAUAAGAUCCCGGAGAAACUGAUGGAGGGUGCUGUUGUGAUGGAUGAGGUGAAUUUUAAGUAUCUCAAGCAUGUCAUCUUCAAAUUUCUCACGAGUCGCGAAGUUGAGGCUCGGCAUUUGAUUAAGGCUGUGGCCACAUUGCUCCAUUUGACGGGUGAUGAGGAGAGAAUUCUCCAUGAGACACUGGAUUGGAAGAGUAGUUGGUUUGGGACGAGAAUAGCACCGAGUUAAUGAAAAUGCUGUGGAGGGGAUGGAGUGUUCUGGUGGUGCAAAACCAUUCCCUGCUCCUCAGAAAAAAAAACAGUGUCACCACAAUGCCAGGACAAUUUUUUGCACACAUAACACCUUUAGCGAUUUUAUCAGGUGGAUUUUAAAAUCCACAUUCUAGUGUCACCCCUUGAGUCAAUUCCCCAUUCUUCGAUUCUUCCUGGAAGAACUUAGAGCUCUGGACGAUCAACUAGUUUCAUGUUGCAUUCCUUGGAGGAUUUCGAUGGCUUCUUUCCCCUUCACCUGGUUCAUUCUUCAUGCAAUCAACACUUCUAUUUAGUCACUAUUCCAUUAAUUAAUUUAUACUAUAUUAUAUAUAACAAGAGAGAACAUU